CAUUAAUGCAAAAAAGUCACAAUGAACAAAAUAUCAGAAUUUAAAAUAGAGACAGCGUCAGUAUUACUGAUUUUUCUUUUGCCUCAGGUUCCAGUAUGGCUUGGCACAGAGUGUCAUUAUGUAAGGGAUAUGGUGGGAGGGAGGAUGCAGAUAAGGGGCAUACUAAGGAGUGAAUUGAAGUUGUGGGAGUUGAAGCACUGAGUGCAGACUCUUCCUUCAUAAGAUUCCAUUUAUGUGAAGGGAAAUAAAGUGAAAGGGUGGUUGGCCUUGGGAUCUCAGGCUUAAGGUCUUUUUUGUUUUAUUUCUUUUUUUAAUAUUGGAGAGACUUGAACAUGUUUAUAAGCUGGAGGUAGAGAGAGGUUGAUGAAAGAGUGUUUGUAGGGGCUCACAGAGACAGAGGGCAUGGGGGGUACGGGGUGGAUGGCCCUGGCAAGGUGAAGGGCAGCAGGUGAUGGCCCCACAAUGGGAAGGUGGAAGGUUGUGGAAACUUAUUCCUGAUAAAUGGCAAGGUCAACUGAUGAGGGAUGGCACUAGUAUGUGGUGAAAGUUAGAGCUGUUAGGCAGCUGUGGAGAUGGAGCUGACCAAGGUCCUGUAAAAGUAGUUGCUGAGUGACAGUAAGGACCAGGUCAAGUUGAAAGCCACAAGGGUUUGGUGUGAUCUUUCCCUCUCUCCUUGGCAUGACUUGCUACUCUAAAUGUAUGAGUGGAGGAGGCUUACCAUCCAAAGAUGGGAUGCUGGGGUGGCCAACUAUCCUGGUUUUCCCAGGACUGAGGAGUUUCCUGAUGAUACAGACAGGACUUUUAGUGCUAAAACUGGAAGGUUCUGGCAAAUCAGGACGAGUCAUAUACCGAAGAGCUGGUGGUCAGGAGGCAAAAGGGCAAGAUAAUUGCAGGUAUUGGUCAGAGAGAGUUAGCAUGUGCUCUAGGAUCAGUCCAGGGAGAAAAGGAAGUGAGGCCAUUACCUGGUAGCAACUUGUGAAGACUCCAGUUAUUCACUGAUUCAUUCAGCAAAUACUAAUUGAGUGCCUACUAUGAGUCAGGCACUGGGGUCCUUGCCCAGGAUUUAACCACAAAGAAGAUAAAAAUGUCCUCAUAGAUUAUCCUUCUGUGGUGGCUAAGGUCAGUUGGUGCUCAGGACCCAUUCCCAUCUCUGCCUAGAGGAUGGAACAUUACAAACUGCAUUUCCUAGACUCCUUUACAACUGGGAUGUAAACUAAGUUCUGCCAACUAGGUGCAUUCAGGCAAGAUUUGUAAACAGAAGCGAGGUAAAGCCUAACAGCUGGCUGCUCUUGUUAGUUUCUCUGUUGGCAAGCAUUGUGGUGGUGAGGUAGGGAUUUGGGCAGCAGCAGUUACCAUGUCCACUCACCAGAUUUAGAGGUGUUGGAAGCAGGUGGUGUGGUCGGCUGCUUUCUGAUUUCUGGGUCACUCCCAUGCAGGUGAGCCCAGCACUCCCAGGGACAGCCUCCUGAUUCCCCACUGCCCUGGCUGAACCAAGAUCUUUCUGGGUAUAGAGGAAGUUUUUUCAGAAGCCCAGGCGAGAGCCAUUUCCUCCAGCUCUUACAACAGUUUUGGAAGCACCUGUAUUACAUGUAUUUCUACUGAAAAUACCUGGAGUGUUUUUUGUUUCUAGAACCUGAUACCACCCCUUCUAUUAGUCAGUGUUGUGGAUUUUAACUCUGGUGACAUCAGGUUUGUUUAGUUUUUUUAAAUGGCAACGGUCCCAUGACCUCCAUGUGAGAAAUGAAACUGGAACCGGUCUUAGUUGCUUUGGUUGUGAAGAUUGGGGACAGUUUGAAGCACUGUGGAGAUUUUGUGUAGGUGUGGAAAAGAAGAAUUAAACUAGAAUUUGCCAGUAAAGGGAGAAAAAGAAAAGGGGGAUUUCUUACAAAUUUUAGAAAACAUACCCAGAUGCCAGUUUUGUCUGGCUAGAGAAGGUGAACUGCUUAAAACAGUAGCGUGAAACCAAACUGACAGAAUAUUAACCAAUCAGGAGGACUGGGUAUUUGAAAACAAGAAAGAAAAAGAAUUGGAUUUGGAUCCCCCUUUGUCUCUCAGCAGCUGCAAGUGAACUUCUAAGGAGAACUCCUCCAUUGGAAAGGGGAUUUUGAAAGAAAUGAAGAAAACCAUCAGAAAUGAUGUCAGCAGCCUCAUGGCCUUUUGUUGACUGGAGUGGAGUUUUAUUAUUGCAUUUCCUUGGAAAGACACUGCGCAGGAUGUCUGCUGAAGUCAUCUAUCAGGUUGAAGAGGCGCUUGAUGAAGACGAGAAGGAAACGAUUCUUUUUUUGUGCCGGGACAUUGCUGCAGAUGUUGUUCCCCUUAAUGUCAGGGACCUUCUGGAUAUUUUAAGUGAGAGAGGAAAGCUGUCUGCCAUGGGCUUGGCUGAGCUACUGUACAGAGUGAGGCGGUUUGACUUGCUCAAGCGGAUUUUGAAGAUGGACAAAAGGGCGGUGGAGACGCACCUGCUCAGGCACCCUCAGCUUGUUUCAGACUAUAGGGUGUUGAUGACAGAGAUUGGUGAAGAUUUGGACAAAUCUGAUGUGUCCUCAUUAAUUUUCCUCAUGAGGGAUCAUAUGGGCCGAAGCAAGGUAGCCAAGGAUAAGAGUUUCCUAGAUCUUGUGAUUGAAUUGGAGAAGCUAAAUCUGAUUGCUCCAGAUCGAUUGGAUUUAUUAGAAAAAUGCUUAAAGAACAUCCACAGAAUAGACCUGAAGACAAAAGUCCAGAAAUACAAGCAGUCUGCUCAAGGAGGUGAAACAAGUUAUAUAAGUGCACUCCAGGCAUCUCUCCCAAAUUUGAGUCUUAAGGAUCCUUCAUAUAACUUAAGGCUCCAGAAUGGGAGAAGUAAUGAACAAAGACUCAAUGUGGGACAACCUGAUACUCAGAGAGAAUCAGUGAAGACAUCCAUUCAGGAAUCAGGAACAUCUCUACCUCAGCACAUACAAGAGAGAUAUAGGAUGCAGAGCAAGCCCCUGGGAAUCUGCCUGAUAAUUGACUGCAUUGGCAAUGAUACAGAGUUUCUUCGGGACACUUUUACUUCCUUGGGCUAUGAAGUCCAGUAUUUUUUGUACCUGCGUGUGGACAGUAUAAUCCAGAUUCUUCGCCAAGUUGCCUGCAUGCCCCAACACCAAGACUAUGACAGCUUUGUGUGUGUCCUGGUGAGCCGAGGUGGCUCCCACAGCGUGUUUGGCGUGGAUCAGACACAGCCAGGGUUCCCUUUGGAUCAGAUCAGGAGGAUGUUCAUGGGAGAUGCAUGCCCUUCUCUCUUAGGGAAGCCAAAGCUCUUUUUUAUUCAGAACUAUGUGGUGUCAGAGGGCCAACUGGACAGCAGCAGCUUCCUGGAGGUGGAUGGGCCAGCAGUGAACAAUGUGGAGUCCAAGGCCAGGCAGCCUGUGCCCUGUACCAUCCACCGAGAAGCUGACUUCCUCUGGAGCCUGUGCACAGCAGACGUGUCCCUGUUGGAACGGUCCUCCAGCUCACCGUCGUUGUACCUGAAGUGCCUUUCCCAGAAACUGUGGCAAGAAAGAAGACGCCCACUCUUGGAACUCCACAUUGAACUCAACAGCAGUGUGUAUGAUUGGAACAGCAAAGUGUCUGCUAAGGAGAGGUACUACGUCUGGCUGCAGCACACUCUGAGAAAGAAACUCAUCCUCUCUUGCAAAUGAAAAGCCAAAAGACUUUCUUAGCUCUGCAGUCUCCAUCACUAGCCCCAAGUAGUUUUCAAGCAAAUGUAUGUGUCACGUGGGUAAGAUGGGGUCCUGUUAUGGCAGAAAUGACCGUCUGUGAGGAAUGUUAUCAGGAAGGGGUGUUUGAGCUAAAGCUUCUGGGUUGAGGGUUUUGGCCUCUGUUGCUGAAAGCUUGUCAAAACAGUGUUAAAAAGGAAAUAGCUUUGAAACUUUAUUAUUAUUUUUUUAAUGUUUAUUUAUAUUUGAGAGAGAGAGAGACAGUGUGUGAAUGGGGGAGGGGUACAGAGAAACAGAGACAGAAUCUGAAGCAGGCUCUAGGCUCUGAGCUGUCACCACAGAGCCUGAUGCAGUGCUCGAACUCACACGCCGUGAGACAGAUCAUGACCUGAGCUGAAGUUGAAUGCUUAACCAACUGAGCCACCCAGGCACCCUGGCUUUGAAACUUUAAAAAGCAAGUACUGGUUGAAUUGGGUGACUCAUGAUUGUGUUGCCUUCCCUCGUGCAAUCAAGUAAACCGGAGCCAUGGAGAUAAGGUUGCAGUAACACAGUUAAUUAGCCUGUGUGUAUCCAUGCUCCAAGAAGAAAAGUAAAAUAAAAAACCAAAACAAUGAGGGACACCUGGAUGGCUCAAUUGGUUGAGCAUCCAACUCUUGAUUUUGGCCCAGGUCAUGAUCCAGGGUUGUGGGAUCAAGCCCUGCAACACGUGCUGAGCGUGGAGCCUUCUUAAGAUUCUCUCUUUCUGACGGGCGCCUUGUUGGCUCAGUCGGUUAAGUAUCCGACUUCGGCUCAGGUCAUGGUCUCACUGUCAUGGGUUUGAGCCCUGUGUCAGGCUCUGUGCUAACAGUUCAGAGCCUGGAGCCUCCUUCAGAUUCUGUGUCUCCCUCUUUCUCUGCCCAUCCCACGUUCAUGCUCUGUCUCUCAAAAAUGAAUAAAUGUUAAAAAAAAAAAAAGAUUCUCUCUUUCUGAGUAUCCAAUGGAAAAAAGACAGUGUCUUUAGCAAACAGUGCUGGGAGAACUGGACAGCAAUAUGCAGAAGAACGAAGAUGGACCACUUUCUUACACCAUUCACAAAAAUAAAUUCAAAAUGGAUGAAAGACCUAAAUGUGACGCAGGAAACCAUCAAAAUUCUAGAGGAGAAAACAGCCAACAACCUCUAUGACCUCGGCCCCAGCAACUUCUUACACAACACGUCUCUGAAGGCAAGGGAAAUAAAGGCAAAAAUGAACAAUUGGGACCUCAUCAUGAUAAAAAGCUUCUACACAGCAAAGGAAACAACAAAACUAAAAGGCAGCCAAUGGAAUGGGAGAAGAUAUUUGCAAAUGACAUAUCAGAGAAAGGGCUAGUAUCCAAAAUAUAAAAAGAACUUAACAAACUCAGCACCCAAAAAACAAAUAUUCCAGUGAAGAAAUGGGCAGAAGACAUGAAUAGAUAUUUUUCCAAAGAAGACAUCCAGAUGUCUAACAGAUACAUGAAGAGAUGCUCAAAAUCACUCAUCAUCAGGGAAAUACAAAUCAAAACCACAUUGAGAUACCAUCUCACACAGGUCAGAGUGGCUAAAAUUAGUAUCAACAGAUGUUGGCGAGGAUGUAGAGAAAGGGGAGCCCUCUUGUACUGUCGGUGGGAAUGAAAACUGGUGCAGCCACUCUGGAAAACAGUGUGGAGUUUCCUCAAAAAAUUAAAAAUAGAAUUACCCUACGACUCAACAAUAGUACUACUAGGAAUUUAUCCAAAGGAUACGGGAGUGCUGUUUCACAGGGACACAUGUACCCCAAUGUUUAUAGCAACAGUAUCAACAAUAGCCAAAUUAUGGAAAGAGCCCAAAUGUCCCUCAACUGAUGAAAGGAUAAGGAAGAUGUAGAUGGAUGGAUAUAUGGAUAAUGGAAUUAUGUGUAAUGGAAUACUACUUGGUGAUGAAAAAAAUGAAAUCUUGCCAUUUGCAGCAGCAUGGAUGAAACUGGAGGGUAUUAUGCUAAGUGAAAUAAGUCAGUCAGAGAAAGUCAGAUAUGUGAUUUCACUCAUAUGUGGAAUUUGAGAAACUUAACAGAAGACCAUAGGGGAAGGGAAGGAAAAAUAAGUUACAAACAGAGAGGGAUGCAAACCAUAAGAGACUCUUAAAUACAGAGAACAAACUGAAAGUUGAAGGGGGUAGGAAGUUGAGAGGGCAGGGAAAAUGGGAGAUGGGCAUUGAGGACAGAUCUUGUUGGGAUGAGCACGGGCUGUUGUAUGUUCUUACAUUAGAUUAGGAAUCUAAUCUUGAAUACACUGUAUGUUAGCUAACUUGACAAUAAAUUAUUAAAAUAAAAAAAUUAAAAUAAAAUAAUUCUCCAAAAAAAAAAAGAUUCUCUCUUUCUCUCCCUCUCCCCUCUCUCCUGCUUAUGUACUCUCUCUCUCUCUCUCUCUCUCUCUCUUUCUCUCUGUCAAACAAAAACAAAAACAAUGAAACAUAACAAACACUUACAAUCUUACCUACCACAUACAACCACAGUUAAUUUGCAAAUUUAUUUUCUGUGUACAAGAUUCAGAUGUUAAGUCAGGGGGACUGUCUUUCUCUGUUCAGGCUACUAUGACAAAGUGCCAGAGACUGGAUGGCUUAAAGAAACACUUAUUUCUUGCAGUUCUAGAGACUGGGAAGUCCAAGAUCAAGGUGCUGACACAUCUGGUGUCUGGUGAGAACCUGCUUCUGUGUCUGCUAAUGACCAUCUUCUCAUGGUGCCCUCACAUGUCAAAGAGCAGAUACAGGAAGCAAACUGUCUGUGAUAGCUCUACCUUCAUGACGUAGUCACCCCAAACACCCUGCCUCCUAAUAUCAUCACACUGAGGCUUAGGGUUUCAACCUAUGAAUUUGGUGAGGGACACAAACAUUCAGACAAUAGCAGUGACUUUAUAAUUUGAGAUUACUUGUCUGUCUAGAACUCAAGUGACACUUUACAGCAAAUAAUUUUCUCUCGCAGAUUUGAUGACAUGACCUAAAAAGAGAUCAUUAUUUAAAAAUAUCAUUUAAGGGGUGCCUGGGUGGCUUAGUCAGUUAAGUGUUUGACUUCGGCUCAGGUCAUGAUUUUGCGGUUCAUGAGUUUGAGCCCCACCUUGGGCUCUGUGCUGACAGCUCACAGCCUGGAGUCUGCUUCAGAUUCUGUGUCUCCCUCUCUCUCUGCCCUUCCCCUAUGCAUUCUCUCUCUCUCUCUCUCAAAAAUAAACAUUAAAAAAUUUAAAAUAUUUAAAGUAUUUAUUUAUUUAUUUAUUUUUAAGUUUAUUUAUUCUGAGAGAGAGAGAGAGAGAGAGAGAGAGAGAGAGUGCAAAAGCUGGGGAGGGAAAGAGAGAGAGGGAGACAAAGAGAAUCCCAAGCAGGUUCCACACUGUCAGAGAGGGAGCCCACACAGGGCUUGAACUCAUGAAAUGUGAGAUCAUGACCUGAGCUGAAAUCAAGAGUCAGAUGCUUAACCAACUGAGCUACACAGGCACCCCUCAUUUAAAAUUAAAAAAAUAUAUAUAUUUAUUUUUAUAUUUUUUGACUUGGUUUUAAAUGGUGUGUAUUUCUUAUGUGCAUAUUUGUGUGUGUUUCGCUGUGACCAAUCAGCAAGACUGAAAAGCAUGAAAGGAGUAUUCAGACCAUUCAUAAGCAGUUAUUUUUGCUUUUUGUUUUAAUGAGUGUGGGACACCUGAGGAUAUUUUUGAAUGUAACAUUGUUGAGGGGCACCUGCAAGAAUAAUGUAUAUGCCUGUCCUCAUGAACCAGAACCUUGUGUUAAUUAUUACAGAAAGAAACCGGGAGAGAUCUUAGAGACCUGACAGCUUUGGCAUCCUUUUCUGUUCCAUCCAGACCAGGUCAUAAGCAUUUUCCAUUUAUUCUGUUUCUUAUCUUAUGCUGGAAUAGCACAUGUUUUUUUACCUUUUUUUCCUCUUUACUUUUGAGGCGGGAUCAUCCCCACUCUUGCAAGUAACUUGCCUCAAAAUACCAUGUAUAGGAUCUUUGGCUCACAAAAAAAAUUGCAGACCAAACCCAGAAACAAAGUAUUUAUUUAUAUUGCUUUUUAGUUUUAUGCAUUUUUGUAUAUUAUUAAGAUAACUUGCAUUUGCAAUAACAAAGAUGGACUUUGAAUACAUUAGGCAAGCGAAAUAAAUCAGACACAAAAAGAAAAAUACUGUAUAAUUUUACAUAUGUGUGGAAUCUUGAAAACAAAAAACAAACAAAGGACUCAUAGAAAAAGACAUCACACUUGUGGUUACCAGAGGUAACCACAGAGGUUGGGGGAGAGGGAAUUGGAAGAAGGUAGUCAAAAGGUACAAACUUCCAGCUAUGAGAUAAGUAAGUACUAGGGAUGUAAUGUACAACAGUGGCUAAUACUGCUGUACGAUAUACGGGACAGUUGUUAAGAAAUUAAAUCCCAAGAGUCCUCAUCACGAAGAAAAAAAUUUUCCUUUGUCCUUUCCUUUCUUUUCUUUUUAUUGCAUCUAUAUAAGAAGAUGGAUGUUAGUUAAAUUGAUCAUGGUAAUCAUUUCAUAGUAUAUGUAAAUCAAACCAUCACACUGUAUGCCUUAAAAUUUAGACAGUGAUGUAUGUUAAUUAUUUCUCAAUAAAACUAGAAAAAACAUUUGAAAAGGACAAUAAAUCUAAAUGAAUUUAAAAGGUAACCUAUAAAUGAAAACUUGAUACAUUUAAUGAAUUAAAUUUCUGUAUAUAAAUAUGAUGGUAAACUUAAUCAAGCAUUCAUUCAACUGAAACCACAAGUCUAAUACAUUAGAUUUUCUUAAAUGUUUUAAACACACUAAAAAAUAGACAAUUUACAAUGAUUACAAAAUGGAUCAGUACAUUCGGUUACAAAAGUAUGUGUAUGAUGUACUUAGGCUUAUUUCUUCAUUGUGUUUACAUUCCUUUUUUUUUUUUUUUUUUUUACCUUUCAAAUUUUCUAAGAUUAUGGCAAAAAUGGAUAGUCUAUGAUUCAGGACUUGAAGUUUAAGAUUUAGUGUGCCAUUCAGGGUGUUUUACCUGAGUCUGUCAUCCAAUUGGAUUAGCUGUUUUUAUAGUUAGACUUUAUUCAUUGGUUGAGAUUUACCAAUUGCUGGAAUUAUUGACUUUGGCAUCAGAUAUGUUUUGAUUUUUUGUAACCUCGUUUCUUUGAUGUAUUCUUGUUAUAGUCUAAUUUCUAUUUCUAUUUUAAAAUAAAAAGUAGUAAUAUGA